AACAGAAUUUUUUAUUCUAUAAUAAUAAAAUAUUUGCUCCAAUGAUCGUCUCUUCAUCGAUCAACACUCAAAAAAGUUUUUUAAUUGAGUGCCAUUUGACUCUGCAGAUCGCACUCAACAACUUCUCUUCAGAUCCUCUACUCCCAUGACCAACGCCGUCAAAUCCUCCGGCGCUUUUCGCACACCCUCUUCCUCGACUCCUGCUCUGCGCAGAUCGACGGCGUUCAAGCGCCAAAAUCUCAGAACCACUCGCCGUUGUCGUUCACUGAGUCCGACACAGAGUUCGAGCUUCCAGGCUCAAGACACCGGCAUUGAAGAACAUGAGCACGUAGUGGCGGAAAGAAAUGUACUGAAGGACCAACUGGCUGAGAGAAAUGAGAAAAUUAAGAAGCUGAAGGCAGUUAUUGAAUGUGCAUUGAAGGAUUUGAGCAAUGCAGUUAAUCAUCUGAAGGAAGUUUCCCCUUCUAAUGAGGAAGAAAAUGGAAGAAAAAUAGCAGAGCAGCCGAUAUCCCCCGAAGUGAAAUCAGCUGAAAAUUGCAAACUAGGAAAAGUUGAGCCUAAAACACCUGAAGUAAGAGCACCUAGAAAACGCAGAAAUGAUAUCUGGGGACGACGAUCAAAUGUAGAUGAUUCUCUGCCACCUAAGAAAAAGUCUUAUCUCAGCCGGAGCACAGGUCGGUCCUUUCCGUAGUUUUAGAUUUUCAAAGUGUCUGGGGUUCUAUGUGGAGUUUGAAGUCUUUUUGCUAGACAGAAUUUUCAGUUUGUUCACUGAAAUUUUACCUUGAUGUAUCAUGUAACGGCUCAAUGAAAUUAUAUAUGUGUUUUAAAUAUUGUUAGUAUCAGACAAUGAAUGGUUAAAGAGACACGUUUGCAGCUUUAUGCUUGUGGUUUGAGUAA